AUGACAUUUGACAAGCAGAAUUUCUUCAUUGGUAUUAUUGGUAGUGGUCCGAUUGGAUUGGAAUGUGGCUUACACGCACUCAAACAUGGCUAUCAGUUUAUCAUUUUUGAAUCAGGUGAUGAUAUUGCGAAUAAUAUACGUUUAUGGUCACAUGUUCAAUUAUUUACCCCGUUACACAUGAAUGUGUCAUUAUUAGGGAAAGAUCUUCUAAAAAAAGAUCAUGACAACAAUGCAUUCUUAACAGGCAGUCAAUUCAUCGAAUGUUAUCUACGUCCUGUUAGCUGCCAUUUACAACCAAAUAUUCGUUUACGUCAUAAGGUUAUCUCAAUUGGUCGUUAUCAUACUAAUAAAUUCAUUAUUCUCGUAGAAAAUAAAGACAAUGACUGUGAGGAAUAUUUCAUUGUUGAUUGUGUUAUUGAUGCAAGUGGUACAUACAAUAAUCCAAAUUUUGUAGGUCCUAAUAAUGUGCCAGCGGUUAAUGAACGAGCAUUGCGAAUUAAAAUACCUUCACCCAUCACUUAUCUAAUACCUAAUUUAAAAUACGAACAACUUGCUGGUAAACGAAUUCUUCUUAUUGGAAAAGGUUACAGUGCAGCUACAUCGGCUCUUUAUUUAGCCAAAGUCAAAGAAGCUUACCCAGAAACACAGCUAUAUUGGAUUAUCAAACAAUCAAUCAAUGAAUUGCCUUAUUGCAAUAAUCCUGAAGAUCCACUUGAACAAAGGCGUCAACUAACUGAUAAUGUCAAUCAAAUAUAUGCCAAUAAACGCAUUUUUACUGAGAUUUAUGUCAAUACCGUAGUAACCAAAUUAACUUAUUCAGCAUCCUCCACAGCAGUUGACGUCACACUCGAUAGUUCUCCUUGUCCAACUCUAUGUAAUAUCGAUUAUAUCAUCGCCAAUGCUGGAUCUCAACCUGAUCGUAAUCUUUAUGCUAAUUUGAAUGUACAAGAAUGUUAUCGUAGUAAAGGUCCACUAGCACUUGCUAAGAACAUGGGAACUUAUAUCGUUAAUUAUGAUUAUACAGCAAAAUCAUCAGAUGAAUUAACAAUACGAAAAGGAGAUAUUAUAACUGAUGUUAUACCAACAGAAGAUGGAUGGUUAAAAGGAGAACUUGAAGGAAAGAUUGGUUAUUUUCCGGAUAAUAAAGCUACAUUAAUAAACAAAGAAAAAAUAAAAAAACGAACAUUUAUAACAAUACAAACUGGAAAUAAAAAUGAAAUCGCACGAAAACGAUCGUUUACAAAUAAUCAUAAUCCUUCUCAAAAUAGUAUAUUAUUUCAAGUAAGAACUCUUUAUACAUAUCUACCAACCCAGGAUGAUGAAUUAUCUAUUAAACCAAAUGAUAUUAUUAAUGUUACUCGACUAAUUGAAAAGGGUUGGUAUGAAGGUAUACUUGAUGGUAAACUUGGUGUAUUUCCAUCGAAUUAUGUCAUACGUAUCAAUGAAGAUAAAACUAGGACAAAUCAAGUAAUUAAACAGAAAUCUGUUAAUGGUCAUCAAACAUCUAUUACACAUGAUAUGUCAAAGAAAAUAUCUACAACAAAAGCUCGUGGUUUUUAUGAUUAUGAAACAGCAGUUGUAAAUGAAUUAACAUUAGCAACUAAUGAUAUUUCUACUAUACUUGAUAAAAAUCUUGAUCAUGAAGGAUGGCGGAAGAAUUUAAAACAUCGAUCAAAUAUACCUGAAACGGGAGUUAGACGUCCUUUUCAAACAUUAUCAAAAAGAACAUCAACCAAUGAUGAUUCAUCGCAUAAUCUUUCUAAUGAAUCUCGUCGUACUACAAAACCAACAUCAAUUAGUUUUCAAGAAGAUGAUUCAUCACGAAAUCAUUAUAGAGAGAUAAAAAAUUUAGAUUCUCAAGAAAAAUCUAGUGACAUUGAUAAACAAACAUCAAUGUUAUCUAAUCGACCACCAUCAUCAAUAGCAAGAAAAAAUGAACAUGGAAUACUUAAAGCAACUGGUUCACUUGAUGAAACAAUUCGUUUACAAUCAGUUGAUGUAAAAAAUGGAAAUAAAAUCCAUACUCCAUCGCCUCCAUCAUAUCAACGAGAACCUGGUCAAUUAGAAUCACCUCGUUAUUCAAAUCGUACAUCUUCAUUUACAAAUACAAAUAAUUCUUCACUAAUUAAUACUAAUGAAUCAAGAAAUUCUGUUGAUAGUGGUAUGACAACACUUGAACAUUUAAAAAAAGAUUUAAUACAACUAAAAUUAACAAUGAAUGAAAUUAAAUUAAAAUUUACGGAUCAAAUACAAGAUCUUAUUCAUGAAUUAGAUGAAGAAAAAAAAGCUCGUGCUACAUUAAAAAUUGAAAUUGAACGUUUACAAAAACUUGUUCAAAAAUCAUCACGUAUUAAUUGA